AUGGAUCCUUUAUGGAAUGGUGAGCCGCCAUAUUACACAAAUCACACAUCAACAUACUACCAUCAUUUAAAUAUUCCCUCAGUGUCGUCAUCAUCUAUAACGACAACUACAACAAUGACACAAUCAGAUGAAGUAAUUGUUAAUGGCAUUGGUUUAGUAGAAAAUGAUUUAGUAAAUAUUUAUCAUGAAAACAAUAGUAAUACUUUUAAUUUUCCACGUUAUGAAACAAUUGAAUGUCCUUACAACGAAACAACUAUAGGAUAUCAUUCAUCAAAUGUUGAAAGAGAAUCUUCCACAACAUCUAAUAGUAUGGGUCAUGAUAAUAAUGAUUUAAUAAAUGAUCCUUAUUAUUAUACUGAACAUCAAAAUUCUCAAACAGGUCGAAAUGUUUAUUUCAAUAAUGAAGAAAAUCAAUCUUAUGUAAAUAAUCAUUAUGAUAUGUAUAAUAAUAUUGAUGAGUUAUAUAAUGAUAAUGGAGGAAUUAGGAAUACUCAAAUAACAUCUCCAACAACAAUUUUAUCUGAAGGUCCAUUAAAUUAUAAUUCAAUAGAUGAUGAUGAACCAUUAGUAUCUGAGGAUCAAUUACAAGAUGAAAUGGAUCAUUUUGAAAAUAUGUUAAAUAAAUUUUCUUCUAAUGAUAAUAUUAUAGAUGAGGAUUGUAAUGAUAUAACAUGUGAUGAUAUGUUAAAUUGUUUUGAAACAUCUAUUGAUGAUAAUUUUUUAAAACUUUUUGAUAGUAUAGAAUCAAGUCCUGAGGUAAUGUCUAAGAAUUGUCUUGUAUCUCCAACUAAUGAUAUAUUUGAUGAGGAAUAUCUUGAUGUGGGGGGUGAUGAUGAAGAUGAGAAAAAAAAUAAAAUAAAAGGUGACAGUACUUCUAAUAUUAGUAAAAGGAAAUGUGUAACAUGUUGUAAAGAAAUUACGAAGAAUGUUUUUAAAUUGCCUCAAGAAUGGUAUGAAAAAUGUAGAAAUAGUAAAACAAUUGAAAUUCAAUUAUUUGACGACAGUAAUGUUAAAAAAGAAAUAUCUUUUGAUUAUGCUUAUAAAUUUCUGAAGAAAUCACCUUUUUAUAUACCGGUAGUUAUAGAAAAAGAUAAAGAAGAUAACAGUAAUGAAAAGAAAGAAGAAAUGUUAAGAAAUGGUUUUAAAAAAUUAACAUUUAAAAUAUUUAUUCUUCUUCUCAAGAAAAGUGAAAUUGAAGCUGGAAAAGAAAGGAUGGUAAGAGCUUUUGUUAAUGAACUUGAAAGGCAAAUAUUUGAGAAAUUUAUGGGUAAAGAUUAUUGUGGUUAUAAGAAAUUUGCUAGAUAUUUUAUGCAUAAUCAGGAGAGAACUGAGAAAAAAAUUUUAUAUUUAAACUUACUUAGAAGGCGAAUGUCUAUUGGUGAAUUAUUGAAGAUGCCUCUUAAAGAGGUUAAACAUGGUAUAAAAAUAAAAAAAGAAAAUGGUCAAAGUAGUAGUAGUAGUUGUAGUGGUAAUUUGUUACAAGAAAUAAUAAAUGAUAAUAAAGUUAUUAAAAAUCAAAAAAGAGGUAUUUGUACACCGGUUAAAGUUAUUAGUAGUGGAAAAAUUCCUGAUUCUCAUGAGGGAGAUGCUUUAUCACUUGUUGAUUCAAUAUUAGGAGAUACAAAUGAUGAUACAACAUCAAAACAUCUUAAUCAUUUGUAUGAUUCUAAUUGUAAGAUUUGUCAAGAAAAAAAAAUAAAAGAGGAACGAUUAUUAAGAGAACGUGAAGAGGCAGUUGCUGAAAGAGAGGCAAAAAGAAAGAAAAGAGAAAUGGAAAUAGAAGCAAGAAUACGUGAAGAAAAAAUGAAUUUGUUAAAAAAGGAGACGGAAGAAAAAAAAAAGAUGGAAAAAAAUUUAUGUAAUGUUAUUUUAAAUGAUGGUUCUAAUGAUAUUCCAUUGACAAUUUAUUCUAUAAAAAAUCCAGAUUUAUUUAUGUUAAAAGAUGAGAUGCCACAAAGAUUUGACAAAAUUAAUCUUAUUCGAAAUGUUAAUGCAUUAAAAGAAGUUUUUGAAAUUUCUAUUGAAUCAUUAACAGAUAGAGUUAUGGUUUGUAUUGUUGAAGCAAACAGAACAUUUGAUGACGGAAAUUUUUUUAAAUAUCGAAAAUAUUUAUUUAAAGAAAGAUUAGGAAUUGUAAUUAAUUUUGAAGAUUCAAAUCUUCUUAAGUCUUUCUCUCUAAUACCUCUUGAUUCUUUUGCAGAUAUUCCUGAUUUAUUAUUUGAUUUACCUGGUUAUGAAAUAAGUUUAUUUGACUUUUCAACAAAAUUUGUAGGUGUUUUUAUUUUGGAGGAUCAAAAAUUGUUGAACAUUUUUACAUCACCACCUAAACCACCUAUUUUAAAUAACAUUAAAUUGACAUGUACUAAAGAUAAUGAUGAUAAAAAAUGUUUUGAUAAUGAUAAUACUAUUGAAAAUGCUAGUAAAUCUAAUGACAUAAAAGCAAUAGAAAAAGUGGUACAUGAAUCAGUGAAAUGUCAAAAAGAGACUAAAGAUCAGUCAUCAAAUAUGUGUCAAAGUGAUAGUGAUAAUACUAAAGAUACUACUUCAUCAAAUGAUUGGAUACCAUCGAGUAAAAAUACUUCGAGAAAUGAAACAGUAUCAUCACCAUCAUGUAACUUCAAAAUACCAUCGUUAAUUAUGACUGAGCCACCGGUUCCACCAUCAAUUGAGUUGCCAUCAAGCGCUAAAUUUGAUAAACAACAACAAUCUCAAGGUAGUAGUAGUAAUGGUAGUAAUGGUGGAAAAAUUGGAAAAAGAAAAAAAUCUAGGAAAAAUAGAAAAUCGAAACAUAAUAAAAAAAGGAAUCGUGAAUGUUCUAUAAAUCAAAAUCAUUCUAAAUACGGAGGUACAUUAAAUAAUAUAAGAAGAGAUUUUAGAUCACCUAUUAGUCCAUAUCCUCAUAAUCGUCCUGAUAGAAGGCAAUCAAAUAAUUAUAUUCGUGAAAAUGAUGAUAUACGAAAAAUAGAAGAUAGAUAUAAUCAUCUUCAACAUAUCCAAUAUAAUGAAUCACCAUUAUAUCAACAUCAUCAACCUUUACAAAAUCCUUCAAUAGGAAAUAUAUAUUCACCACGAAGUAGUAAUAUGUUACCAUCGAUUCAAAGGUACUCAUUUUCAACAUCAUCAACAUACAAUUCAAGACCAGUUCCUUCACUAUUAAAACAAGAACCAUACAUAAAACCAUUAAUGGAGCAACCUAUUAUAUUGGGACCACAAUUUAAUCAUCCAUCUCCUUCUAAUGCAUCUCUGUUCACUUCAAGAAUACCUCAAGGAUUAUCAUGUCCACAACAAAUGUUUAAUAAUCAUAUUCAUGGACAAAGACCUCAUCAAAAUAGUUAUUAUCAUCCACCUACUGGUAAUAACAAACAACAUAGUUACCAACAGGCGCAACAAUUGUACUAUAAUAAUUAUUCUCGUUCCAGGCGUUUUUAA